AUGAGUUCCAAAGAAUCUUCAUCAAAUAUCAAAGUUUUCAGGAAAUAUUCAAACAAAAACUUCGCGGAAGGACUUGAAAAGGCCCAUGAAACAAUCCGUGAAAAGGACGCGCUUGAAUUUUUUAAAACUGUUUUAGGAAAUUUUUCUCGUGAAGAUUUACCGUUUGAAUAUGGAAAUAUGAUUAUGAAAUCGAUUGCAAAAGUGAUACAGGUCGAUGAAAACGCAUCAGUUUUCAUUAAAAACCAUAUAGCGACAUUACUCCCAAUAACGAACAACCAAUAUAAUGAAGGCUUGUUUAAUUUAUACUACAUCUUAUUUACAAAGUAUGCAGUUCAAUUGGAUGACUGUAUUGUUGCUAUUUUGAAAACUUUGAUAAAUGCAAAUCCUAAAAAAGUCCUUACAUUGAUUGCAUUGUAUUCACAACAAUUUGACGAGAUAGAUAACCCGUGGUCCGUUGUAGAUUUGCUUAUACAAGAAGGAAAUCUCUUCAAAGGAGCGGAUUUAGCUCCAGAUUACGUUUCAUUGCUUGCCUACUUGAACAAGAAGUUCCCAGAAUACAGAAGUGGAAGAGCUCAGCAUUGCUGGAACCAGAUAACUUCAAUGCUAAAUCUAACAGACAAAUCUUCAAUAAAAUGUUGUUAUGGAGCUCUUUGUUCAAUUUCAGAGAAAUACACAGAUGGUCCACUACAACUAGAAAUCAUCUCUUUACAUCUAAAAGACCCAGAACUUCAAGAUUCCGUACUUGCGUUUUUAAAUGUCGCAAACUUCGGUUCUAAAGAUCUUUCGAACGAAAAACUCAUAUCUACGCUUAUUAGACUAUCCGAAAAAACCGUCAAAGCUACAUUAGUUCUCAUGAAAUUUGCAGUUGAUCUUUCAUCUGCGAAAACUAUCAUGUCUGACUCGAACUGGAUACUAAAGAAGCUUCCAACCAUUACAGAUACGCUCAGAUUGUUCCUUGUUAUACUCAGACAUAAGGAAUUAAGGGAAGAAAUCGUAAGUAAUCCUGAUUUUGUCAAUUUCUUGAUUUCCAUCAUCAAAGAGAAGCCAGGAACAGUUCCUAUUGUAUGUACAAUACUCAGACGUGUUCCUCUUUCGAAAGAACUCGUUCAAAAUUUGAGUAAAUCCGGAUUCUUGAAAUUAUACUACGAAUCGGAAGAUAUUGAUGAUGACGGACUUACUCCUCACUCUAAACUUCUCCUUACAGACACAAUCUGCAGAGUUUCUUAUGUCAGAGAUUAUUUGAUUAUGUGUGACCGAAUUGCGAAGAUAAUUAUCAACAAAGAGGAGUUUGCUGAUGCUGCUGCACUCGUAGCCAUAAGAUUGUGCAAAUACAGUCGAUGCAAAGCGAGAAUGAAAGAGUUAAAACUCGAAGAAUAUUUCAAACAAAACAGAAACGAAGCAAAACUUCAAUCAGUCGCACGUAAGUUCUUGCGUGCAAUGAGCGAAACUGAUUAA